UUUUAAUAUUAUACACAUAUUUUUUUAACAAUAAUGUACUGUUGUGGAAACACUCCACUGCGUCUUCGUCUUCAUCACUGCCAAACCUCCUCAACGCCAUGGAAACCCUUGUUCUCUUCGAAUCCACCUCUCUCAUCAGCUCAGCUUCUAGCAUUUCCCUCUUCCAUCUACAAACCGAGCUUUUCAUCUACACAUCAUCUUCUAAUCUAUUCAUCAGCAACAAAAUCGCACUCAAAUGACAAAUUUGGGGAAGAAGACGAUGGAAAUUCCAAUGAAAAGGCUGCGAAAGGGUCUGGAACAACUGCGAGAGCUCGGAGACUGCUCAGGAUUCGAGAGGAGAAGAGGAAGCGUGAAUUCGAUCGUCUCCACAACUAUCCUGCUUGGGCCAAAGUGUUGGAAGAUGCUUGCAAAAAUGAUGAAGAGCUUCGAAGUGUUCUUGGUGAUAGCAUUGGCAACCCUGAGCUCAUGAAGAAAAGGGAUCAGAUGUCCAAGAAGCAGAUUGGGACUAACCGUAGAGUUGGAGAUCUUUAUGUGGUUGAAGAAAGGGUUCGAAAGAAGGGUCGAGAUUUUCGCAAGUCCAAAACGGGUUCUGUCCUUGCUUUCAAAGUCAGCUUUAGGGACUUCAAUCCUGUUGACUCCUACAUAUGGUUUGAAUUAUAUGGAUCACCAUCUGAUCGGGAUGUUGACCUUCUUGGUAGUGUUAUUCAGUCAUGGUAUGCCAUGGGGCGCUUGGGUGCCUUUAAUUCUUCUAAUCUGCAGUUGGCAAAUGCAGCAAUGGUGCAAUAUCCUCUCUAUGAUGCAGAUAAGGGUUUUAAAGUGAUGCCAUCAUCAUUUCAUGACAUCAGUGAUGUCGAGUUUCAGGACAACUGGGGCCGUGUUUGGGUAGACCUUGGUACAUCCGAUUUCUUUGCCAUUGAUGUGCUCCUCAACUGCCUGACUUUGCUGAGCUCAGAAUAUUUGGGCAUUCAACAGGUUGUUUUUGGUGGUCGGCGAAUGGGUGAUUGGGAAGAAGGGAUGACGAGCCCCGACUAUGGAUACAAGUAUUUUAAGAUCUAAAAUGAGACUGAAUUUGAAUACUUAUCGAUUCAUUUCCAAAGCAUAUAAUGUACAAAAGUCCGACUGGGAUGAGAUACACCAUAGUCUGCAUGAAAUUUCAACAUCAAUGACACUUCAGAAACAAGAAGGCGAGGCGUAGAGUUGGCAUGAUACGUUAGAGGCAGCUUCGCAUCCCGAUUUUCGACAUCAAAUUGAUCAUUUCUAAGGAUAUAGAAGAGCAGAGAAUCACACUUGGAUCGACACAGUGCCUGCCUUCGUGUAUGGUUUUUAAAGUUACAUUCAAGUGAGGUUCAAUCAAGGUUUAUUUAUUUAUUUUUCACGUUUUUGGGAUGACAAGUUAAUGUGAAAUUUCUCUUUCAAGUUUUUUGGGCAACAACAAUUUCUUUGUGAAUUUGAUGGAGGGGUAUUGAUUGGAUUAUUAGAUGUAGAGGCUUAAAAAUUAUGAGUAAUGAAUCCUCUGUUGCCCAGUU